CAGCGAGGCUCUCCUCGCGCCUUCCGCGUUUCCGUUCCGCUCCAAAACCUGGUGGCCUUGGGCUGGCCGCGCCCGCGACAUAUGCCUCCUACUGGCGAACCCCAUCCACACGACACGACACUGCUCAGCCGCCGGCCUGGGUUGACUUGACUCAGGCGGGGACACGCACACGUUCGUUCUUACGUGCUUCCGCCGGCGCGGGUUGGCGUGGCAGUCGGGCUCGGCCCUCAGAUCCUCCAAAGAUUGGAUUUUGGAGGAGUGCGCUGUUGUGUUGGUGGCGGAGCUUCCUGGCGUUGACUCCGACCUUGCUGUUCCUAGCAGCUCCCACCCAAGAGGCAUCGCGGCGACCGGAUCGGUCGAUGUGUCGCCGGUAGAUUGGCCGGCGUCAGCGGAGGGUGGAGAUGGGGAACUGCAUGGACAAAGCGGUGCCGGUGGACAACACCUCCUAUCAAUCGAAAGCAGGGAGCAAAUCAAUUUCAUCGUCCAACCCUUCGACGGUCAAGACUGGUUCGACUCGGUCGACAUGGACUGUAGCCUCAUACAAAGAUAGUCGAGAGCUUCCUACUCCUAGGACAGAAGGGGAAAUCUUGUCAUCACCAAAUUUGAAGGCAUUCUCGUUUGGUGAUCUCAGAACUGCGUCGAGGAACUUCAGAUCAGACAGUCUUCUUGGGGAAGGAGGAUUUGGCUAUGUGUUCAAAGGCUGGAUUGAUGAGCAAACUCUUGCCCCUUCAAAGCCAGGAAGCGGUAUGGUUGUUGCCAUCAAGAAGCUAAAACCAGAAGGUUUUCAGGGCCACAAGGAGUGGCUGACAGAGGUUGACUACCUUGGCCAACUUCACCACCAGAAUCUUGUCAAACUCAUUGGUUAUUGCACAGAUGGUGAUCACCGACUUCUGGUGUAUGAGUACAUGCCUAAAGGAAGUUUGGAAAAUCAUCUAUUCAGACGAGGUGCGGAUCCUUUAUCCUGGGGAACAAGACUCAAAGUUGCAAUUGGGGCUGCUAAGGGUUUAUCAUUUCUGCAUGAUGCUGAGAACCAAGUCAUAUAUCGUGAUUUCAAGGCAUCAAACAUUCUCCUUGACUCGGAGUUCAAUGCAAAGCUUUCAGACUUUGGCUUGGCAAAAGCAGGUCCAACUGGGGACAGGACCCAUGUUUCUACACAGGUCAUGGGCACAAGAGGUUAUGCAGCUCCAGAAUAUGUUGCAACAGGUCGGCUCUCAGUGAAGGCAGAUGUCUACAGCUUCGGCGUGGUGCUACUGGAGCUGCUGACGGGACGGCGGGCGCUAGACAAGUCGAAACCAUUAACCGAGCAGAACCUGGUGGAGUGGGCGAGACCCUACUUGAGCGACAAGCGCCGUCUGUACCGCAUCAUGGACUCCAAGUUGGGCGGGCAGUACCCUAAGAAGGGCGCCCACGCCGUCGCCGGAAUCGCCCUGCAGUGCAUCCGCAACGAAGGGAAGAUGCGGCCUGCCAUGUCCGAGGUCGUGGAGAAGCUAGAGCAGCUGCAGGAUCCCAGGUACAACGUGGCGGCGCCGCCACAGGUGAACACGGCGUCGUCGUCGUCGUCCUCUGGCUCAGUAGUCCCCAGGUCGCCCAGGAAGGCACAGCCUUCUCCCAGACGCCUGUCGGGUUCGGCCUCCCCGUUGCCAGCACCAGCAACAGGCUCCCCGCUGCCGGGGUCAUCGAGGAGUAGUAGUAGGACUGCGCAGGUGCACUAGGCGUGCGACAGAAAGGAUGAAAGGGAGCGGCUAUACGUGUGUGUGUGACUGUGUUGUUGUC